AGCAAUGGCAUCGGAGUGAAAAGCGCUCUCUCGCGCGGGACACGAUCGUCCCCCGAUACGAGAUGCUCGCGUACGCUCCCACCUCCUCCCUCCGAAACCCUACCAAAACCCUAGCGCCGAAGCCCUUCCUCCCUCCUCCUCCUCGACCCUUCCCUCGCUCCACGGCGUCGUUCCCCGCGCGCCGCUCCACCGGUAUCGCGCUCUCCGCGGCGGCGGCGGCGGAGGAUCGCCCUCCGCGCAAUGAGUCCCUCGCCGGCGACUCGCGCCGCCGCGAGGACGUGCUCCGCGCCGCCCACGGUGCGCUUGGGAACUGCCUCUCCGAGACCCACCUCGAUCGCACCAUUCCCGGGCUCAGCUUGAAGAGCCGGGGGAAGGUGAGGGAUGUAUACGAUAGCGGAGAGCUUCUGGUGCUCGUUACUACUGAUCGGCAGAGUGCUUUCGACCGGGUUCUCGCAUCGAUUCCCUUUAAAGGCCAGGUUCUUAAUGAGACAAGCCUCUGGUGGUUCAAUAGGACACAACAUAUUACACCCAAUGCAGUGGUUUCUUCACCUGAUAAAAAUGUAACAAUUGCAAAGAAGUGCUCAGUUUUUCCCGUUGAAUUUGUUGUUAGAGGUUUUGUCACUGGAAGCACUGAUACAUCUCUGUGGACGGUUUAUAACAAGGGGGUGAGGAAUUACUGUGGCAAUGCCCUUCCUGAAGGUAUGGUAAAAAACCAAAAGCUUCCUGCAAAUAUUCUUACUCCUACAACCAAAGCUGCUGAUCAUGAUGUUCCUGUGACACCUGGCGAAAUAAUACAAAUGGGUUUAAUGACAAAAGAUGAUUAUGAUGAAGUAAGCAGCCGAGCCUUGAGCUUAUUUGCAUAUGGGCAGCAAGUGGCAUUGGAGAAUGGCCUACUGCUGGUUGACACCAAGUAUGAAUUUGGAAAAGGAUCUGAUGGGACUAUUUUUUUGAUUGAUGAGGUGCACACUCCUGAUUCCAGCAGGUAUUGGAUUGCUAGCUCUUAUGAAGAGAGGUUCAGUGCUGGCCUUGAACCUGAAAAUGUUGAUAAGGAAUUCUUACGUUUGUGGUUUAAAAGCAACUGUAAUCCCUAUGAAGAUAAGAUUCUCCCUGAAGCUCCGGAGGAACUUGUUUGUGAACUUGCUUGGCGGUACAUCUUCCUUUUCGAGACAAUCACAAAUUCGAAAUUCGAGUUGCCGGGGGCUGAGGAACCAAUACAUGAAAGAAUAUCUAGAAAUGUCUCUCAGGCCCUCUCAAUUCUCUGACUGCUAAUUAUUUCCUGCGGAGAUCGAGAAAAUUUUGAAGUUCAACCCUUUUUUUUGGACUUUACAGUUGAGAAUUUUUCUUCAAAGCUCCAUGUAGGAAGAACGCGUAGACCUAAUCUGAAGUAUAGCGUGUUACGAAAUGGGUACCUGAACUUUUAAAAUUUCAAUUCGGAAAAGAGCUAUAGAAUAAGAGAAUAAUGUUUUGGGUUUGUCAAAGUAGUUAAAAAUAAUCUUAAAGAAUUAUGACUUGUACUUCAAUCAAACAUAAUAAAAGGUUAGCUCAUAAAACCGAAAAUUUUAAAAUUUUCAGGUGCUCGCUUCAAAAUGCGUUAUAGUUUAGAUGGCGUCGGGGCGUUUUAACCUAUAUUAUUUCUUAAAUAUUCUGCAAGUCGAGGUUGGUUUGCGAGCGAUAUUUGGUGGAAUAGGAAGGCACCCUAUAAUCUAUGUAUUGGGUGUAUUUUGUUAGUGUGAUUGUAUGAUUCUCAAAAAUUAAUAAACUAACUUAUAUCUUCACCAAGAUGAAUAUGAAGUUCUACUAAAUUUUUGUUUUUUGUUC